GCAGCUAAGAAACUUUUACUUUACUAUACUCAUUUUCUUGAGCUUACUGAACUUCAUUCCUCUUUAGAUUCUUAUUCUGUUUGUGAACGACACUAUAAUCAAAUUAUUGUUACUAACAAUUUAUAUAAUAUUCUUGAAGGUUUAGCUGAAGAAAGUAAAAGGACCCAGCUUGAUGCUAAUCAAGAUAAUCUAACCGAUAGCUAUACCGUUCUAACAGCUAAGUUUGGCAAGGCUAUGAAACAUUUAGAGUUCAUUCAAACAGAAGUUCAGCAGAAAUCGCAAUUAAUAACAGACCUCGAAAAUCGAAUUGGACGAAUGCAGUUAUAUAUAGAAGAGCAAAAAAAUGAGAUAGAAACAUUAAAAAGCAAAUUACAAAGAGCUCAUGACAGUAUAAUUGAAGUUCGAAACUUAUAUGAUGAAAAAAGUAAGCACAAUGAGGCUCUUAUUAAACAAUGGAACUUGAGAUUUUCUACUCAACAAAAACACAUCGAUGCAGUUAUUGAAAUAGCAAAAACAGGUAAGCUUAGUAGACGUAACCAGGUUAUUGUCAAAUUUAUUGAGACUCUCGUUCAGAAUCAAGACAGUGAUAUUUUGAGCCAAAAAAAGCUUUUCAAAACCGCUACUACUAUUGAUCUAAUAUGUAGAGCAUGUCACGGAAAAUAUGUAUCAGAAAUUCAGCUUGCUUUAUCGGCAAUUAAGUAUUUAAUUGCGAGAUCACGAAUAAUUAUUAACAUCGAUAAUCAUAUUACGAAUUCAGGAAGUGAAUAUCAGUUCCAGAAGUGGAUAGAAGAAUUAUCGCAACAUGAAGAACCACUACCUGAAGGCCUAUUAUUUCUAGCGUUUGAUAACGAGCAGAGGGGACAGAGAAAUUACCUUGACCAGGGAUUCAAUACGGUUGUAUACCACGUCAUUACCAGCUUAGUCAGUUUUAAUAUAGUGCUACAGAACAAAAUUCAACACAUUAAUUUGCCUUGGACAUGUGGUAGAUUACAAUAUGAAGAACUUUUUGAUGUCAAUCCUCAAAUAACACGGUUGCCAACAUUAGCUGAAAUGCAAAAAGAGAAAAUAAUUGAAGAUAAAAUAACUGAUAAAUUAGCAUAUCCACUUGUUUUUAGACCGUAUAGGGCUAGCAACGAGCCAAGUGUUACAUAUGUUUCCAAGAUCAGUCUUACCCAGCAAACUGCUGAUCCAAGAGUUAACGUCCCCAAGAUUUAUGUUCCCGAUCUGAUUAAUAUUAACCCCAAUUCAAUUGCAAAUGUUGAAAAAGUCCUUUUACACAUAGAAGUAAUAUCAGUUUCCCUGGUUGAUUCUUAUCCCAGGGCAACUACACGAAGAAAUGAACAUGCUUCGAGCGUUCGUGGAGUUAAAUUGAGUCAUUCGAACUUGUCAGUUGAAGGAUAUCUUGCUUGGGUUAAAGAACAGAAAGAUUCACUUUAUCAGAUCAAAUAUGAACAGACAUUCGUUUAUCUUCAAGUCAUAAUCAAUUAUCGGAAAGCUAUAAGGACUAACAAUCCUCUUUUAAAGAAAGCAGCCAGAAAAUUUUUUUCGCCUAUUUGGUCAGCAAGGUGUCAUCCUAUCUACCGCUUAAUAGAAGCUACUGACAAAGUUCAGUUAAUGCAACUUCGCCUAGAAAUUCAGGAGGUAAACAAGACUUUAAAAACUUUAAUACCUCCUGUUCUGCAACAUUAUCACUGGACAAUUGCUGCACGCAAUUGCAAAAAGUUCAUCGAGCUUCAAAGUAAUUUAUUCAAAGUAAUCAGAUAUAACGAUCGUCAGACGUUUGGGCCAAGAACUCGACCAGAAUUAACAUUGGAAUGCCGACGAUUUAGGAUUCAGCUGCGAAGCCUUGAUUUUGUAAAUCAAGGCCUAGAAGAAUAUGAUUUGAAUGAGCAUUUAAAAAAUUUUAUAUCGUUAGCAAAAAAGGCACGACAGGAUUUUAUUACUGAAGUAUUUAUUAAUGGAAAUAAUUCUCCUUCAUUUAGGCCAAUACUGAUCACGAAUCAAGAAGCGAAAAUGGUAGAAAGUGAAAAAAAUAUGACCAAAGCCGAAAUUUUACUAAAGGUAGAAAUCUUUCUUGAACAGCUUGAUGAAACCUUUCAGAAGAGAUAUUCAGGCUUAAAGUCAAAAAAAAAAGGUGAAUUAUUGGAUAUAUUACAGGAAGUAAGGCGUUCAUUUAUUGUUAAUGAAGUUAAUAAUCAGAAUGAUUUAGAAAUUCAGGAAUAUAAUACUUUGUAA